ACUGCCUGCUGUUAAUAACAGUUUAGCGUUAUGUUACGUUAACAGACAAAUGUGGAAUUCGUCAAAACACAUGUUUUUUUCAACGCGGUCUGAAUAAAACGCAGAAACAAACAAGCCAUAGCUCCUUAAAAAACGUAAUGGACAUAGACGAGCUAUUCGAUUGCUUCAACGAGGUGCCGCCCGAAAGUCUGCAAGUGCCGGUACCCUAUCCCACAAGGAAAGCAAAACUAAUCGAGUCUGAAACAAAAAACCCGGAUAGCGCCAAUAAAAGCGCUAGGAAGGCCAACAAACGUGAUGCAAAUACUGUAGAUCUCAGCACCGAGGAGCCCGCAGAGGAUGGACGGGAGGAAGAGCAUACAAAGCGACAACGUGUUGAUAAGGCAAAGGUCGACGGCAGCACGGACAUAAACCAGGAGACAUCAAAGAUUACUGACGAUGAAACAGAAGAAGUUAAAGAUGAAAAAGAUGACGGAGUUAAGGAACUGGACGAUUGUGAUUUGGAGGCGCUGCGGGUGCGCAUCGUCACACACCAGCUAGUAUCGCCGGAGUCCUGCACACACGAGGUGGCCGCCCAUCCCGACCAGGAAUACAUUCCUCUGCAGCCAUUUGCCGGCGUUCCCGCCAAGGAAUAUCCAUUCGUGCUGGAUCCUUUCCAGAAACAGGCCAUUUUGUGCAUAGACAACUCACAGAGCGUGCUAGUAUCGGCGCACACCUCCGCCGGAAAGACUGUGGUGGCGGAAUACGCGAUAGCCAAGUCUCUGGCGGCCAAGCAACGCGUUAUUUAUACGACGCCUAUUAAAGCGCUGUCCAAUCAAAAGUUUCGCGAAUUCACAGAUGAAUUCCAGGACGUUGGCCUGGUUACUGGCGAUGUAACCAUUAAUCCAUCGGCCUCCUGCCUGAUUAUGACAACGGAAAUUCUGCGUAACAUGCUGUACCGCGGCAGCGAGAUUAUGCGCGAGGUGGGCUGGGUAGUAUUCGAUGAGAUUCACUACAUGCGUGACAAGGAGCGCGGCGUGGUAUGGGAAGAGACACUCAUCCUGUUGCCGGACAAUGUGCGCUAUGUCUUUCUCUCGGCCACCAUACCCAAUGCCCGCCAGUUUGCCGAGUGGGUAUGCCAUCUGCACAAGCAGCCCUGUCAUGUUGUUUACACGGAUUACCGGCCAACGCCGCUGCAGCAUUACAUCUUUCCGGCCGGCGGCGAUGGCAUUCAUUUGAUUGUCGACGAGAAGGGUCAGUUCAAGGAGGACAACUUUACGACGGCCAUGGCGGUGCUGGCUAAUGCAGGCGAAGCGGCCAAGGGCGACCAGAAAGGCCGCAAGGGAGGCGUUAAGGGUCACAAUUCGGGUCAGACGAACAUCUUUAAGAUUGUCAAGAUGAUUAUGGAGCGACACUUUGCACCCGUCAUCAUUUUUUCGUUCAGUAAAAAGGACUGUGAGGUCUAUGCCAUGCAAAUGGCCAAGCUGGACUUUAACACAAUCGAUGAGAAAAAGCUGGUCGAUGAGGUUUUUAACAACGCCAUGGACGUUCUUUCAGAGGAGGAUCGCAGACUGCCACAGGUGGAAAAUGUGCUGCCAUUGCUGCGACGUGGCAUUGGCAUACAUCACGGUGGACUGCUGCCCAUACUAAAGGAAACCAUUGAGAUUCUAUUUGGAGAGGGACUGAUCAAGGCUCUCUUCGCCACGGAGACCUUUGCCAUGGGCCUGAACAUGCCUGCGCGCACAGUAUUGUUUACAGCGCCGCGCAAAUUUGAUGGCAAGGACUUUCGGUGGAUCAGCUCGGGCGAGUACAUACAAAUGGCUGGGCGUGCUGGCCGUCGCGGCUUGGACGACAAGGGCAUUGUUAUACUGAUGAUUGAUGAGAAGGUGUCACCUGUGGUGGGCCGUGAAAUAGUGCAGGGCAAGGCAGAUACACUAAACUCGGCCUUCCAUUUGACCUACAACAUGGUACUGAAUCUACUGCGCGUAGAGGAAAUAAACCCGGAGUACAUGCUGGAGCGGAGUUUCUAUCAGUUUCAAAAUCAGGCCGCACUUCCCGGUCUACAUGAUCAAGUGCAGCAGAAGACACAACAGCUCGAAAAGCUAACCGUUAAGGAUGAGCAUAACAUUGCGUCCUAUCAUCACAUCCGCGAACAGCUAGAGUUAAAUGGGAAUAGGUUCCGCGAGUGGCUGACCAAGCCGCAAUAUCUGGUGCCCUUUUUACAGCCAGGCCGGCUGGUAAAGGUGUCAGCUGGAAAGCAGGAGUAUGACUGGGGUCUUGUAUUGAACUUCAAGAAGCAGGACCAGAAUCGCAAGAACCCAUUGAAAAGUGAAGCGGGAGUUGUUAUUGAUAUGCUACUGCAUGUGAGCGAGGAGGCAGCGAAAACUGGCGACACCGAGCCCUGUAAGCCCAAUGAACGUGGCUGCAUGGAGGUCGUUCCAGUUGCCAAUACACUUAUCACCCAAAUCAGUUCUAUACGCGUCUACUUUCCCAACGAUCUGCGCACUGCGGACAAUCGCCGUGCCGUGCUGAAGACUAUUCAGGAGGCUAAGAAACGAUUUCCACUUGGUCCACCGGUACUUCAUCCCAUAGACGACAUGAAUAUCAAGGAUCCCGAAUUUCGCCAGAUUGUCGAUACCAUUGCACAGUUUGAGGCGUUACUGGAGGAGCAUCCGCUGCACAAAUCGCCAGAGCUGGAGCGUGUUCACAAGCGCUAUAUCGAAAAGCUAAAGUUACAAUCCGAGCUCAACGGCCUGAAGGCGGAGCUGAAGGCUGCCCGCAGCCUGCUGCAGAUGGACGAGCUUAAGUAUCGCAAGCGUGUACUCCGGCGCAUGGGCUACUGCAAGCCGGGCGAUGUCAUCGAGUUUAAGGGUCGCGUUGCCUGCGAGCUAAGCUCUGCGGAUGAGUUGCUCAUAACCGAAAUGAUAUUCAACGGCGUGUUCAACGAGCUCUCAGCCCCGCAGGCGGUCGCAUUGCUCUCCUGUUUCGUCUGCGACGAGAAGUCCAGUGAGGCGCCCAAGAGCGCCACAGAGCUGUCCGGGCCGUUGCGCGCUUUGCAAAGCCUGGCGCGGCGCAUUGCCAAGGUAUCCACAGAAUGCAAACUAAGUAUGGAUGAGGAGAACUACGUGGAAAAGUUCAAGCCCUUCCUGAUGGACGUCGUGCUGGCCUGGUGCAAGGGCUCCAGUUUUCUAAGCGUCUGCAAAAUGACCGAUAUUUUCGAAGGCUCCAUCAUUCGCUGUAUGAGACGUUUGGAGGAGCUGCUGCGUCAGCUGUGCCAGGCAUCCAAAACUAUUGGCAACACGGAUCUGGAGAACAAAUUCUCCGAAGGCAUUCGUCUGCUCAAGCGAGACAUUGUGUUUGCCGCUUCGCUGUAUCUAUAGAUUAGUUUUCCCAAAUUUGAAAAGCUUAUUAGUAUUAAGCAAAAUACAUGGUUUUUCUUUUUAAAAUGUA